AGAGAGAGAGAGAGAGAGAGAGAGAGAGAGAGACAUAUAAGAAAAAAAGUCAGAAAGAGAGAGAGAGAGAGAGCCACAAAAGAAAAAAAAGACAGAGAGAAUCACUUGACAACGACCAGCGACUGGCUACUAUACCUCCACCGUCAUCAUCAUCUGUCUUGCUGUGUAACGACGGCGACUGGUAGCCCGCCGCGACUUCUGGUGGAUCCGGUCUCUUGCUGAUGCUGCAGUGACGUACAAAUCAUAAUAGCCGCCCAGUAUCCCAACCGCGACCGACGAGUCGAGACUCGGCGACUCGAGCGCUAACAAUAAAAGUCGACCGGACCGCCGCGCCGCUACGCAGUGAACGACCGGCGUCGGUGAGUCGCGCUGUUGGUGGGUGGGUGUCCUGUGUGGUUGGUGGGGGUGACGCAGUCUCAGCACAGCUAGAGGAUGGCGAAGGAGUUCUCGUUGGACGAGGACAGGCUGCUGAUCCAGAAUGUGGAGCAGUACCAGGCCAUCUACAACACGCUGUCGCCUGACUACCGCGAGCAGAGCGCCAAGGACGACGCCUGGAAGCAGGUCAGCGGUCGCGUCGGUCGAUCAGUUGAAGACUGUAAGUGGCGAUGGAAGAACAUCAGAGAUACGUACGGCAAACGGAAGAAGAUGAGCAAAACGGACAGAAGAGCAAAGAAAAAAUGGCACUUGGAAACGAUGAUGAGAUUUCUUGACAGUGUCCAGUAUGGAAGGAAAUCAAAAAAUCACUCGUCUAGUGGUAUGAGCGAGGGCAUUAUAGACAUCAUUGACACAGCCAUUAGCUCUGCAUAUGAAGCAAAACCUAACGCUGCCUGCCCAGGCAACAAAGAUAGUCCCAAAAAUGUACAGAGAGCCACCAUACCUCCAACUUCCCCCAUGGACACAACUCCACCUCUGGAAGACGCCAAAAGGACGAGGACCUUGAAGAAAAAUGCUGUUAAGGACACCGAAAUGGAGGACCUUGCAGAGACACCAAAAGAGCAGAGUCGGCAGUCUCAGACGACUGAACAAACUGCUACUCUAACAAGCAACGUUGCAGGAACACACGACGACCACGUUGACCUUUUUUUCAAGAGUGUAGCAAUGUCAGUGAAGGUCCUUCCCAGACACCUGAUCGGCCAAGCUAAAUUGAGAACCAUACAGAUGCUAAUUGAACUGGAGACUGAAUCUUCUACAGUCAGUCAUGUCUCUAACAAAUAGGAGUGGUACGUCUCGAACAAUAUCCGGAGGUCUGUGUAAGGAAUCAUAAUCAUUCUAGUUUCAGUACAUUUGAGUACAAGGUGGACUUUGAUUUUCUUGGAAUUAGUCAACUUUCUCAAGCCAUACAUGAGAUAUGUGUACCAAUAACAUGGUAAUGUUUCCUCUGUGCCCAGAACAAAGUAUUGCAAUAAACAUACAACGUAC